UUCACAAAAUUCAAAACUGUCAGAAAUCCAUAAUGGCAGACCAUAUGGAUCCUUGAGACAAAUGUGUUCCUUGUGAGGAGAGGGAACUAAUAUGUACCGAAUUUCAGGACUUUAGGUCAAACAGGGUGAGGCUUGACUUGUCAACGUUUGUAUUUUCAAUCUCUUGUAAUAGCACCACCAUCUGGCCAAUCAGCGUAAUUAACGUAAGAACGAACGAACGGACGGAGACAGAUCAACAGUCCCCUCCCUGAUUUCAUCAUGGGGGACAACAACACCAUGGAUAUGUCUCCACUCGGAUGCUGUUUCAUUGAACAUGAAACUGAGAUACACAAGCAUCUCUCUUCCUGGCAGUGAUGGCUCAUUUCUCUUCAUCUCUACUCUCCAUAAGUAUUCACCAUUGAACAGUACAUGAAGCUGCUGAGUUUCAUCGGUUUGUCUGCUGGCUUGGAUUUGUCAGGAGCAGAUUUAGGGUCAGGUCUGACCAAGGGCAUGGGUGGUCAACCCAUUUGAAGUGGUCGAAGUCAGCCUGCAGGCCAACAGUGAUCCUUUCAAAGUGGUGGAGCUGUGAUGCUGCUGGUGUAUCAAUACGUAUCUGGAUGGUUAAAUAAGAACUGGUGACGAGGAGAAGCCCACCAACCUGCCUUAAGGUGCCCACCAGCCUGCCUGAUGAAGCCCACCAGCCUGUCUGAUGAAGCCCACCAGCCUAUCUGAUGAAGCCCACCAGCCUGCCUUAAGGUGCCCACCAGCCUGUCUGAUGAAGCCCACCAACCUGCCUUAAGGUGCCCACCAGGCUGUCUGAUGAAGCCUACCAGGCAGGCCAUUAGGAUGCCCACCAGGCAGGCCAUUAGGAUGCUUACCAGGCAGGCCAUUAGGAUUCCCACCAGGCAGACCAUUAGGAUGCUUAACAGGCAGACCAUUAGGAUGCUUACCAGGCAGACCAUUAGGAUGCUUACCAGGCAGACCAUUAGGAUGCUUACCAGGCAGACCAUUAGGAUGCUUACCAGGCAGGCCAUUAGGAUGCCCACCAGGCAGACCAUUAGGAUGCUUACCAGGCAGGCCAUUAGGAUGCUUACCAGGCAGGCCAUUAGGAUGCCCACCAGGCAGGCCAUUAGGAUGCCCACCAGGCAGACCAUUAGGAUGCCCACCAGGCAGGCCAUUAGGAUGCUUACCAGGCAGGCCAUUAGGAUGCUUACCAGGCAGACCAUUAGGAUGCCCACCAGGCAGGCCAUUAGGAUGCCCACCAGGCAGACCAUUAGGAUGCUUACCAGGCAGGCCAUUAGGAUGCCCACCAGGCAGGCCAUUAGGAUGCUUACCAGGCAGACCAUUAGGAUGCUUACCAGGCAGACCAUUAGGAUGCCCACCAGGCAGGCCAUUAGGAUGCCCACCAGGCAGACCAUUAGGAUGCUUACCAUGCAGGCCAUUAGGAUGCCCACCAGGCAGGCCAUUAGGAUGCUUACCAGGCAGACCAUUAGGAUGCCCACCAGGCAGGCCAUUAGGAUGCCCACCAGGCAGGCCAUUAGGAUGCCCACCAGGCAGGCCAUUAGGAUGCUUACCAGGCAGACCAUUAGGAUGCCCACCAGGCAGGCCAUUAGGAUGCUUACCAGGCAGACCAUUAGGAUGCCCACCAGGCAGGCCAUUAGGAUGCUUACCAGGCAGGCCAUUAGGAUUCCCACCAGGCAGACCAUUAGGAUGCUUACCAGGCAGACCAUUAGGAUGCUUACCAGGCAGACCAUUAGGAUGCUUACCAGGCAGACCAUUAGGAUGCUUACCAGGCAGACCAUUAGGAUACUUAUCAGGCAGGCCAUUAGGAUGCCCACCAGGCAGGCCAUUAGGAUGCUUACCAGGCAGACCAUUAGGAUGCUUACCAGGCAGACCAUUAGGAUGCCCACCAGGCAGGCCAUUAGGAUGCCCACCAGGCAGACCAUUAGGAUGCUUACCAUGCAGGCCAUUAGGAUGCCCACCAGGCAGGCCAUUAGGAUGCCUACCAGGCAGACCAUUAGGAUGCCCACCAGGCAGGCCAUUAGGAUGCCCACCAGGCAGGCCAUUAGGAUGCCCACCAGGCAGGCCAUUAGGAUGCUUACCAGGCAGACCAUUAGGAUGCCCACCAGGCAGGCCAUUAGGAUGCUUACCAGGCAGACCAUUAGGAUGCCCACCAGGCAGGCCAUUAGGAUGCUUACCAGGCAGGCCAUUAGGAUUCCCACCAGGCAGACCAUUAGGAUGCUUACCAGGCAGACCAUUAGGAUGCUUACCAGGCAGACCAUUAGGAUGCUUACCAGGCAGACCAUUAGGAUGCUUACCAGGCAGACCAUUAGGAUACUUAUCAGGCAGGCCAUUAGGAUGCCCACCAGGCAGGCCAUUAGGAUGCUUACCAGGCAGACCAUUAGGAUGCCCACCAGGCAGGCCAUUAGGAUGCCCACCAGGCAGACCACUAGGAUGCCCACCAGGCAGACCAUUAGGAUGCUUACCAGGCAGACCAUUAGGAUACUUAUCAGGCAGGCCAUUAGGAUGCCCACCAGGCAGGCCAUUAGGAUGCUUACCAGGCAGACCAUUAGGAUGCCCACCAGGCAGGCCAUUAGGAUGCCCACCAGGCAGGCCAUUAGGAUGCCCACCAGGCAGGCCAUUAGGAUGCUUACCAGGCAGGCCAUUAGGAUGCUUACCAGGCAGGCCACUAGGAUGCCCACCAGGCAGGCCAUUAGGAUGCUUACCAGGCAGGCCACUAGGAUGCACACCAGGCAGGCCAUUAGGAUGCUUACCAGGCAGGCCAUUAGGAUGCUUACCAGGCAGGACAUUAGGAUGCUUACCAGGCAGACCAUUAGGAUGCCCACCAGGCAGGCCAUUAGGAUGCUUACCAGGCAGACCAUUAGGAUGCUUACCAGGCAGACCAUUAGGAUGCCCACCAGGCAGACCAUUAGGAUGCUUACCAGGCAGACCAUUAGGAUGCUUACCAGGCAGACCAUUAGGAUGCUUACCAGGCAGGCCAUUAGGAUGCUUACCAGGCAGGCCACUAGGAUGCCCACCAGGCAGACCAUUAGGAUGCUUACCAGGCAGACCAUUAGGAUGCUUACCAGGCAGACCAUUAGGAUUCUUACCAGGCAGACCAUUAGGAUGCUUACCAGGCAGGCCAUUAGGAUGCCCACCAGGCAGGCCAUUAGGAUGCUUACCAGGCAGGCCAUUAGGAUGCUUACCAGGCAGGCCAUUAGGAUGCUUACCAGGCAGGCCAUUAGGAUGCCCACCAGGCAGGCCAUUAGGAUGCUUACCAGGCAGGCCAUUAGGAUGCUUACCAGGCAGGCCAUUAGGAUGCUUACCAGGCAGGCCAUUAGGAUGCCCACCAGGCAGGCCAUUAGGAUGCUUACCAGGCAGGCCAUUAGGAUGCCCACCAGGCAGGCCAUUAGGAUGCUUACCAGGCAGGCCAUUAGGAUGCCCACCAGGCAGGCCAUUAGGAUGCCCACCAGGCAGGCCAUUAGGAUGCACACCAGGCAGACCAUUAGGAUGCCCACCAGGCAGGACAUUAGGAUGCCCACCAGGCAGGCCAUUAGGAUGCACACCAGUCAGGCCAUUAGUAUGCCCACCAGGCAGCCUGAUGAUGCCCACAAGGCAUCCUAAUAUAAACCUAUUCAUCAUACAGGGGGUUUAGAGUCCACUACAAAAUAUUACAGACACCUAGCCACGCCACAACCCGUGUUCCACGGCCAAACGGCCAGAUUACACACACGCCACACCCACAGUGCCGUAAUUCACAGAACACUUCACAUGAACGGAAUCAACCACCAGAAACAUUCUGCCAUUUUUAUGCGCACUGAAUACAAAUUACAGAUCAUCAUAAAAUACAUUUUGAGACUCACAUUGGUGUCUAGAAAACACUUGUUUGAAAUAGUUAGUGAUUUUUAUACAUUUCUUUUUCAGAGUGCCUUUGAAGCUGAUUAAAACAUAUCAAACUUGAAGUGUGUGUGUGUGCGUGUGUGUGCGUGUGUGUGUG